UAGGAAUAAAUUAUUGAGACCUUAGCAUAUUUGAGCAAUCGAUAAACAGCAGCCCAGGCCAGAGCCAAGCCAGAGCCAGAGCUAGAUCAGUGGGAAAAGCAGAAAAGCAGAGACUUGGAGCCAAACAAAGGUUUUUGAAACAAGUUUUUGUUUGGUAGCCACUAACCUCCAACAUCGUCGGAUCGAUCGCAGCGAUCGAAAUGCAAAUGAGCCGUGGGCCGAGCUGAAAGAACUGUCUGCUUGGACCCAUCCAGCACGGCCCAUCCAUCCAUCCACCCAUUCACCCGAUCUCCAGUGUGAAAAUGUGCGGCAAUCCGAACACGCGUCUGCUCUCGCGGCUCAUCAUCGACUUCCUCAUCCUGCUGGGGGUCUACGGCGCGGCCCUGGUGGUCCUGCCCCAGCAGCUGGCCACCGUCCAGCGGGGCUUUCACUGCAGCGACCCCAGCCUCCGCUACCCCUACCGCCAGCCCUGGCUGACCAAAGUCCAUCUCACGAUCGCCGUCGUCGCCCUGCCCGCCGCCUUCGUGCUCGUCGUGGAGAUGCUGCGGGCCGCCUUCGUGCCCAGUGGGGCGGAGCUGAAGCAGCGGUUCGUGUUCGUGGGCGCCCGGAUACCGAGCUUCAUCAGCGAGUGCUACAAGAUCAUCGGCGUGUAUCUGUUCGGCCUGGGGCUGACCCUGCUGGUCAUCCGGCUGACCAAGUACUCGACCGGACGCCUCCGUCCGUACUUCUUCGACGUGUGCCAGCCCACCUGGGGCGAGGAGGGCGCUGAGAACUGCGCCGAUCCGUCUCUGCCCGGGAACCGCACGUCCCACUACAUCGAGGACUUCAGCUGCACGGAGUUCGCCGCCUCGCAGGACCUGCUCGACCUGGUGCGCCACUCCUUUCCGAGCGGGUUCGUGACCUCCACCUGGUAUGCCAUGGCAUUCCUGGUCUUCUAUGCCCAGGCCAGGCUCUUCGCUCCCUGGCUGAGACUCCUGCGCUCUACUCUGCAGCUGGCCUGUGCGUCGGCGGCCCUCGUCGUGUGCUGGGAGCGCAUCUCCACCUAUCAGAACCAUCUGUCGGAUGUGGCGGCCGGUGCCGCCUUCGGUGCUCUGUUGGCCUUCUUUGUGACUGUCUUUGUGGCCCAUCUGUUCGAGGAGGUGCGCGUGAAGCGGCGCCAGUGGCCCCGGAACGAGCAGAUCUACGGCUAUGCGGGCUACUUUAAUCGGGCCACUUAUGGAUAUUGAUAUUGAUACAUCGAUCGGGAAUAAAACGAUAAUUUUGAUUUGGAUUUUUU